AUGGCUACUGAGAUGCGCGAUUUAAAGAGGCAGGAGCGGCAGCUGUUGGCUACUUUUGAUGGCGCAAAGAAAUUUCUGCAAAAAUACAAGGCAGAGAAACAUUCCGGGCAAAUUGAAAAUCGUUUGGAGCUUCUUGAGGCUGCAAUGAAGAAGUUUUACAUCGUUCGGAGGAAAAUUGAGUUACUGACCGAGGAAACAGAUGAAAAAGAGGCGACGGAUUCCAAGGAAUCGACAGUAGAACGUGCUGCUCGAUUAGAGGCGAAGGCGGAGGAGCGUGAUGCAGGCAAUAUCGAGAUUAUACAAUCAACAGAAGACUUCUAUUGUGAUCUUAGGUCAUCGUUGCAAGCUUUGCUUCCCAAACCAGUUGACCAGUCAUUACCUACGCCAGCACCGUCUUCAUUAUUGACUUCUUCUGAUAAAAUGUCCAGAGUCAAGCUUCCCGAAAUACGUUUGCCUAGCUUCGGCGGCAGAACUAACGAUUGGGUUACAUUUCGUGACAUGUUUCAAAGCCUGAUUCACAAAAAUGAUCAACUCAGUGCAAUUGAUAAGUUUUCGUAUUUACAUUCUUCCCUGCUAGGAGAAGCACGGCAGGAGAUUGAGUCUAUAGAGAUGUCGGUAGCAAAUUACCCAAUUGCUUGGGAUUUGCUGAAAAAGCGCUACGAGAAUCGAAAGUUGAUCGUGAAGGCUCAUCUUGAUGCGUUGUUUGCUGUUGAACCGAUGAAACGGGAAAGUUAUGAUGCUUUAAAUCAUGUCAUCAGCGAGUAUGACAAAAACCUACAAAUGCUUGAAAAGGUUGGAGAAGAUUGCUCGCAAUGGAGCACAAUUCUAGUGCAUAUGAUGUGCUCUAAACUGGAUCAGGUUACGCUGCGAUACUGGGAAUCGCACCAUAGUUCUAAGGAAGUGCCACAAUACAGUGAACUUGUUGCUUUCCUUCGGAAUCACUGCGUUGUUCUUCAAUCGAUCGUGCCAUCUAAGCCAGUUACCAGUGAAGUGAGAAAACCUAAAUUUGCUGUGGUUCAUGCUUCCAUCCAGUCGGCCAAACGAUGUCCGUUUUGCGGAGAGAGUCCGCAUUCCGCGUUCAGAUGCCAGAAAUUUAUGAAAUUGAAAGUGAAUGAGCGUUAUGAGAAGGUGAAGCGCAAUGGGUUGUGUCUAAACUGCUUUUCGUCCACACAUCUUGUUCGGGAUUGUACACAUGGCGCGUGCCAUCAUUGUCAUCAAAAACACCACUCCCUUCUACAUCUUGGAUCAUCGAACAGUGAAAGAUUUGUCGCACCAGCAUCGCAGAAAGAUUCCUCCGUCCCACGUGUACAGAACGGACCCCAAGGAAUGAACACACCACACACACAUCCACAAGCCCAGAACCAAACCAUACCUCCCCAGCACACAAGCCAAUCUACGAGCUCAUACCCUAUCGCAAAUACAAAUUCGCAUUCGCAAACACACCCACCAACCACCACAGAUCCAAUUCCCAAUUCCAAUUGCCUUUCUACAAAUAUCUAUGCCCCAACCCGACAAGUUUUGUUAUCAACCGCCUUGCUACGAGUAUCGGAUAUGCACGGAAAUGUUCAGUUAGCUAGAGCACUAUUGGACUCUUGCUCAGAGUAUUGCUUCAUCACUACGAAACUUGCUCGAAAACUCAAGUUAGUAGAAGGUGCUAGUUACCUGUCCGUGGCAGGUAUUGGCGGUUCCGUAGUUCAGUCUACAAAGAAGGUCGAAGCAACAAUUGCGCCUCGAUCUUUAUCGAUUUCAUCAUACAUCGAAACUAUUCAACUGCACGUAUUGCCGAAGCUUACUUCCAAACUACCGCUACAGGCAGUAAACGUGCAGAAACUGUCCCUCCCAAACACCAUAACACUGGCUGAUCCUGACUUUCAUAAGCCCGGCUCAAUCGAUAUGAUUAUUGGGGCGGAAUAUUACUACGAUUUGCUGUUAAAUGAACGUAUGAAGCUUACAGAUGAAGGACCCACUCUGCAGAAGACCGUAUUUGGAUAG